AUGAACCAGUGCGUGCCGAGCUGGGAUCUGGACGACCCAGCGGUGGUAGCUGGCGGCGGAGGCGGCCUAAACCACCAUCAGGUCUCGACGACGACCGCCGGCGGGGCGCACCGGGGCCUGGAGGUGUCAGCUGCUGGGGCCGCCGGCGGGGCGUUCGCUCCCUUUGUCGUGCCCAUGUCGGACCAGUACUACGAGGUGGCGGAGCUGACGUGGGAGAAGGGCAACAUCUCCUCUCACGGGCUGGGGCUGCUUAACCGCCCGGUGCAGCACAAGUACCCGCCCGCCGCGCCGCCGCCGUCGCAGCUGCAGGCCAUAGGAGCCGGCGGCGGCGGAUCGUCUGGGGACCGCGAGACGCUGGAGGCGGUGGUCGGCGAGGCGGCCGCGCGGUCACACUUCCUCUCCUCGCAGCCGGUGCAGCACCCGGCGCCUUGGGUCGGGGUGGGCGGCGCCGUCGUCGACGCCGUGCAGGCGCGGUCCGCGGCGGACGCGCUAGUGCCGUGCGCUGCAAGGGUGCAGGACGAGGCGGCGGCAGAGGGAGGAGGAGACGCGGGCGCCUCGAGGAGGAAGCGGGCACGCGUGGUUGGCGAGGACGGCGGUCUGGUGUGCGCCAGCCAGGGGAGCACCGCCGCCACGCCCGCCGGCCGCCGCGGCGAGAGCAGCGCGCUGCUCACGCUGGACGCCUGCUGCGGCACCGGCGGGGCCGAUGACGUGUGCGGCUUCACAACGACGACCACCAACAACUCCACGUCCCUGGAGCGCGACGACAAGGGCUCUCCGGACACUGAGAACACCAGCAUCGGUGGAGGGGCCAGUGAUUCUCGCUGUUUCAGCCGUCGGUCACAGGCAAGCUCAUCAUAUUUAUACAGAGACGGUUUGUGCGACGAAGGGGAGAACGUGGUGAUCAACGGGGACGGGGCGAUGAGGUCGUCGAUUUCCACCAAGAGGAGCCGGGCUGCUGCGAUCCAUAACGAAUCUGAGCGUAAACGAAGGGACAGGAUCAACCAGAAGAUGAAAACGCUGCAAAAGCUCGUCCCGAACUCGAACAAGACAGACAAGGCGUCGAUGCUGGACGAGGUGAUCGACUACCUGAAGCAGCUGCAGGCGCAGGUGCAGGUGAUGAGCCGGAUGAGCAGCAUGAUGAUGCCCAUGGGCAUGGCCAUGCCGCAGCUCCACCAGAUGUCCGUGAUGGCCCAGAUGGCGCAGAUGGCCCAGAUGGCACAGAUGGCCCAGGGCAUGAUGAACAUGGGCUCCCUCGCCCAGCCGGGCUACGCAGGCCUCACGCCGCCCAUGAUGCACCCGCCGCCCCCCUUCGUCCCCAUGUCCUGGGACCCUGCCGCCGCUGCAGCCGCCACCGCCGGCCCCGGUCCAGCAGCCGCCGCCACCUCCCUCGCCCAGCAGCCCGGCGGCGGCGCCGUGCCGGACGCCUUCUCCGCCUUCCUGGCCUGCCAAGCGCAGCAGAACGGACAGCAGCAACCGGGUAGCAUGGAGGCGUACAAUAGGAUGGUGGCGCUGUACCAGAAGAUGAACCAGCUGCAGCAGGGCGAGCCCAGCGGCAACCCGUCCAAGCAGUGA